AUGGCUGCCAACCCGCCGGGGGAGGGCGCGCCUCCACCCCGCUGUCCUAUUGGCCAAGGACGACGUCCCUGCGGCGACCAAUGGCAGCGCAGCGCGCGCAGGUGGGAAGUUCAGAAUGUGACAAGCCAUUAUAUUCCCAUGGUUUGUGCACUGGCGGCCGUGAAGAUUCAGCUCCUGAAUCGCUUGUGGGAAGAGGCCUCCGUGCUCGGCGUGCCACUCGGAGUCUUGUCAGCCAGAACUGCAGCUGCCAACAUUGAGACGAUCUCUGCAGAGUCUGGGAAGGCUGUGCUGCUGAAUGCAGAGCAGAGGGGCCCCCUCAUCCUGGAGCUUGCUUGGCACCUGCACAGAGAAGGCAUCCUUAGCCUGGAAGAGCUGCUGGAGAAGUUGGAGCUGGAAGCGGAUAGAUCCUCACUGCCUCUUUUCCACAUCCCCUUUAACGGCAGGGCUGCAACUCACGUGUGCCCUGUUGCAGCUCCUCUGCUCAAUCACCCAGACACGUCUGCCCUGGAGGACUGGCUGUGCGGCAGCCUCCGUCUUCUGUGCCGUCAGGCAGGAGGUGCUUCCCUGGACACAGAGGCCCUGCAAGGCAUUCUCACAGACUUUGGGGUCAUGUUCCUUCAUAAUGGAUUCCGGAAAACGUCUGAGAUGGGAAGGAAAUUGGAAUCGCAGCCAAUCCUCUCCAAAAUCUGCUGCGCUGUGCUGGAGGGAAUGCUGGCAUGGGUACUUGAUACUGCUGCCAAAGAAAAGCAAGAAGAUGCUUCUACGUUGAGGGCCGUGAAGUGUUGGCUCGGUGUGUUCAGCUUGACAGCAUCUCAAGGCACCGUUCCUCCCGAGGCUCUACAGCAGUUCUUCAGCCACACCUUCACCCACGUUCUUUCUUACAACCCUCAGCUAAAAGUUUCUGAUGCCAUCAGCCUGCAGCGAGAGUGGAGCUUUGCAAGAAACAGCACGGUGCUCUCCACCCUGUAUCAGAAACUGUUUGUGGUGCUCAGCGCGGAGGAGCUGAUAGGUCACUUGCAGCAGGUCCUGGAGGCAAACGAAGUGAGCUGGCAUCACGUGCUCUCCUGCAUUUCCACGUUGCUGGUCUGCCGUGCUGAAGCAGAACAGCUGGUUAAAGACCUCCUGGGCCACCUGUUGAGAAAAGGCUUUGAGAACUAUGACUUGGAGAGCUUGAUCACGGCGUUCUUAAUCGCCCGCCAGGCGGCCCUUGAGGGCCCUGCUCUGUUCAUGCCUUAUUCUGAAUGGUUCAAGCUUGCCUUUGGGAGUGCCGGUGGUUUCCAUGGCAGCAGCAAGAAGGCCAUGGUCUUCCUCUUCAAGUUCCUGUCAGAGCUGGUGCCCUUUGAAGCUCCGCAGUACUUGAAGGUCCACAUCAUGCAUCCUCCCUUCGUGCCUGCUAAAUACCGCCCCUUUCUUCUGGAAUAUAUCACUCUGGCCAAAACCCGGCUGGCAGAUUUCAAGGUUGCAAUAGAAGACAUGGGCCUCUAUGAGGAUUUAUCUUCCACGAAAGAUGCUCUGCAGCCCCACUGCCAGGCACUUCAGGAUGUCGAAAAGGCUGUUCAGAUUUUCGAAAACACGGGGAAGAUUCCGGCAGUUGUCUUGGAAGCCAGUGUCUUCAGGAGGCCCUAUUACAUCUCCCAUUUCCUUCCCGCCUUGCUCAUGCCGCGUUUGCUCCCUGAAACGCCAGAUUCACACGUGGCUUUAAUAGAUGCCCUAAAGAGGGCUGAAAAGAUUCCUCUGAAUACGUACUCCAAGUUUAUUGAAGAAUGUCAGUCUGUUAAAGAGAAGUUCUUACACGGUGAGAGAAAUCUAGAAGACAGUGACCUCAAGGGGCCCCUGGAACUACUGAAGGCUGAACUCGAAGCCCUGAAACGGCUGGUCACGGACCAAAGCAGGCAGGAUGCUUUGCCUGCUCAGGUAGCUGUCAUCUCUGAGAAACUGGCAGGUGUUCUGGGACGCAGAAAAGAUGAGGAUGAAGCAGCAUCUCUGAGCCUUAGAAUCAAGCUUAAUCUUUCUUUUCCGGAAGUCCAGCAGCAGGACCAAGAGGUUGUCAAUCUUCUGCUGACAGCGUUUUGCCAGAAUGUAAUGGCUGCUUCCUAUUUCAGUCCUCUGGACAGGCAAGGAGUCUGGCCAUCCCUCUUUGUGAAAAUGGUUUGUGGACACCAGCAGCUCUUACCUUCCUUGCUGAGCCGGCUCUCCCAACUUAUCUAUCAUCAGGGUCCUUCUCUCAACGAUGCUCACAUUAUAGGCCUGGCUGUCUUUGUGGUUCAUUUAAACGAAGCCAAAUCUUUGAUUCCGGAGGUGGACAUCUGCUCCUGGGUUCCACACGGUGUCACUGCCAGGGGCCUCCCUGUGUCUGAACUCUGGGAUCAUCUCUUGCCCUGCAGGACAGGAGAAUCGAUAGUCUUCUGCAUGCGGUUUUGUACAGCAGCAGUCUCUUACUUUCUGUGCAAGUUUUCUUCCUUUUCUCAUGAGUUCUUAUGCACUUCACUUCAUCCUGGUUUUGUAAAAAAGCUCCAGUAUGUCGUGCCGCGGCUCAGUGUAGAAGCCCGAGGAACUGGCGGUGGAGGAGAUGUGGCUGAGUUUCCUUGGAAGCCCUUCUUCCACUCUGCUGUCUGCUACCAUAAAGCUGUCCUCUGUUUGUGGAAGCAGACCCGCUUCAGAGAACUCUCGCAAGAGAAAACGUUCCAGCUGACCCUCCAGGAGUGGCUGCUGAUGGAGCUCGGAGUCCAUCCCGACGAAGAUGUUCUUUCUGCUUCCGAAAGGCAGGAGUACCAUUACUGGGCUUUGUAUCAGCGGUACCUCCCGGCCUCUGCUGCUUCUGGGGGCUGCGAGGGGGACCUGCGAGAGGCGUGCGCUGUUCUUAUCGGCUCCAUCUUGGAUUCCUGCCAAAGAUCUGAGUUGUUCAGCUGCAGCCACUUAGAGAAGACAAAACGUUCCGUUCCCCGCUUGAGAGGAAGCCCUGAGAUUCAUUGCCGAUUGCAGGAGAUGCUGCUGGAGGUGGAGCUGGAGCGGAGACGAGCCCCGGCCGACAGCCAUGCGGCCGAGAAGCACUUCCUCUUCAGGAUGCUCCAGGAGCGGGUGAAAGCUCUGGGGCCAGAGGCUGCCGAGGGGGAAAGGCUGCUCCGGCAGCAGGAGCUGAUCCUUCAAACGCGGGUUCUUUUGGGUCUCCCUCCGUCACUCCUCAUCACAACCCGGUGGAAAGGAAAAGAGAUCGCCUUGGACUGCGAGGACUUCUUCUGUUUUGUGAAUACAGAACUGAAGAACGUCUGCAGCAGAGGCUACGCGCUCUCUUAUGACAUCACAGCUCACUUCUUCAGGGGCCUGCUGAGCGCCAGCUUGGAGUGCAGCAGACCUGCAGAGGAGGUGACUGCCAUUCUCGCGUCGUGUCAAGCAAGAUGUCCUGUACUCCUUUGUUCCGCUGUGCGAUGGUGGCGCAAGCUGGAGCCGGUGCUUUGCUGUGAGUGGAAGAGGCUCUUCACGGCGCCCCUCGCGCAGGGACUGCAGAGGCUCGGGGGGUUGCAGCGCUCUGUCAACAGCUUCCUCUCGUCAGAAGCGUCUUCGCUGGUCUCCGAUCUACCCUGGAUUUCUGCUGCCUUCCUCCAUUUCGCCCUGCAGCAGCAACCAGCGUGUGAAAAAGCGGGUGCGCUGAGGCGGCUGGGGCCCGGAGCAGACCAAAUCCUGGUGUGCCUCCUCUUCUUUUCAGUCAUGGAUUUCAUCUCGGCAAGGCUGGCCCCGCAGGAAGGGGUGGAUGUGCCCAGAGCCUUGGAUUGGAGCUCUCAGGUAGCCCGGCUGCUGGAGGAACAAGGCUCAGGCUGGCUGGAGGUCUUCCGCUCGGGAGAGACGGUGCAGAGCCUCGAUCCACUCCUGCAUGGUGCUGCGUCAGAUCAACACCGGAAGCAGCUGCCAGUAGCCUUCUAUAGCCUCCUCUUCACCUUGCACCCGGAACGACUCAUCAGAGAGCCGAUGUUCCUGUCUGUGGCCGUCGACAUGUACACGCAGUUGUUGCAGCUGUUUAUGGAAGGCCCAGCAGCGGUGAGGGUGGACCAUGCAGAGCCACUUGCGCACGGCCAGGAGCCUGAGGACCCAUCAGCAGUGAUACAAGCAGCACGACGGUUCCUGGUCCAGGCAAUCCCGCAGUGUCCACUUGGGAGCUUCUCCCACCUCCAUCAGUUACUAGACCUCUGUGGAGAGCUGGACCCUGAGCUGAAGGCCACCCUCACCAACGGCUGGCAGCCCACUGUCGAGGGGAGUUUGUCUGAUGACGAGCUGCUUCUCUUCUGAGGGACGGGG